CAGCGCGUCCAUUUGAUUCGUAUAUCGGAACGUCAUUUUAAUACAAUUGUAGUUUUCGUUUGUGCAGUUAUCUCUGUAAUUUCAGAAUUGUAGUCGUUUUAUGUGUCACCGAUUUAAGUAUUGUGAUUAUUUGUAACCAUUAAUCAUGUCGGAUGGAUUGGAGACACCGUUUAGCAACGUCGAUAUCAACAACGAGAACAGAGAUGACGAAGACCUUUUUGCUUCAGCGGUCCAGGAAGUUAGCUUGGAUCCAGAGGUAAAUGGAGUAAGGGAAAGCUUAGAAAAGGCCUCCAUUGGAGAUGUAUCAAGUAUUGGCAGUCCUAUAAUGGAAGAGAUAGUCACAGAGCGCGCCAACAACAUAAUAGUAACAGUAACAGAGCCUCAAAAAAUUGGUGAAGGCAUGAGCUCAUAUGUAGCGUAUAGGGUCCUCACAAAAACUAACAUGCCAAUAUUUAGCAAGCACGAUUUUGCUGUUCUCCGGCGUUUCAGUGACUUCCUUGGCUUACAUGAAAAACUAACAGAAAAAUAUCUACGGUCAGGUAGAAUAAUACCCCCUGCACCGGAAAAAAGUAUUGUAGGCACAACAAAGUUAAAGAUGACGUCGACCCCGUCAACGGAAAGCGCGAACGGCACGACUGGGUCCAAUUCGCUGCAAUCACAGUUCGUAGAGCGGCGGCGGGCUGCCCUCGAGAGAUUCUUGAACAGAGUUGCCCAGCACCCCGUACUGUGCAUUGAUCCCGAUUUUAGAGAGUUUUUGGAAUCUGAAUCGGAGUUACCAAAAGCAACAAGCACAUCGGCUCUCAGCGGAGCUGGUAUGUUGCGACUGUUCAACAAAGUAGGCGAAACAGUUAACAAGAUCACAUACAGAAUGGAUGAAUCCGAUCCGUGGUUCGAGGAGCGCGUGGCGCGCGUGGAGUCGCUGGAGAGCGGGCUGCGGCGGCUGUGCGGCGCGUGCGAGGCGCUGGCCACCGAGCGGCGCGAGCUGGCGGCGCGCUCGCACGAGGCCGCGCGCUCCGUCGCCGCCGCCGCCGCCGCCGACCCGCACGCGCCGCUCUCCCGCGCGCUCUCGCACCUCUCCGACCUGCACGAGAAGAUAGAACAUCUAAGGAUCGAACAGUCAAACACGGACUUUUAUGUGCUAACCGAACACAUCAAGGACUACCUGGGCCUUAUUGGUGCUAUCAAAGAUGUUUUCCAUGAACGAGUUAAGGUGUUCCAAAACUGGCAACACGCACAGAUGCAACUCACAAAGCGGAGAGAGAAUAAAGCUAAGGCUGAAAUCGCUAACCGGCCGGAGAAAAUAGAACAGGCUGCUAACGAAAUUAUUGAGUGGGAGUCAAAAGUGGAGCGCGGCCAACAAGAGUUCGAUCAAAUUUCGCGCGUUAUCAAGAAAGAGCUGGAGAGGUGGGAGGAAAUCAGGAUUUCGGAGCUCAGGGCUACCAUACUCCGCUACCUUGAAGAGCACAUGAAGCAUCAGGCUCAGUCGAUUCGCUAUUGGGACGCGUUCCUGCCAGAGGCGCGUGCCAUUAAAUGAGUGCGGGGCGGCGCUUACUGCGCACGCGUGUCUUAAUCUUUUUUAUUUUAUUUUUUUUUUUUUAA